ACCGAAAGUUAGAAGGGGCCUGGAGCUGGCAGUGGUGGAGGGCAGCACAGAAGCCUGGCAUUGCUUUCUCCUGCUGGCGUUAACUGUCUGCUGCAAAACUGAAGCAGAUUCUUUCUAUGAAAGGACAGUUUGAAAUUAAAGAGCGAGAAUGGGCUCCCAGAAACCGUUGUUAUAUGAUUGGCUUAUCGAGCAGAUAUACAGUGGUCUAUACCCUGGCCUCCGUUGGCUGAAUGCAGAGAAAACAAGAUUCCAGAUUCCAUGGAAACAUCGCUCGAGGCAGGACAUUUCUGAAGAUGACUCCAAAAUAUUUCAGGCUUGGGCGAUAGCAAGUGGCCGGUACAAGCCAGGGAUCGAUGCUCCUGACCCUAUUGUGUGGAAGAGAAACUUUCGCAGCGCUCUCAAUAGGAACAGUCGUUUUCGACGCAUGGUUGACAAUAGGAAUGACUCUGAGAAACCUCACCUGGUUUAUGAAAUCCAGAGCACUGGCCAGAAGGGUGGGGCCAGUGUCGAGGAAGAGAGUGAGGAAAUCAGUUCUGCGAUCGACAGUGUCAGCCCUGGACUCUCCACGGGUUCAGCACCAAACGUGGGGACACUGGAGAGCAGCUUGCGAGACAUGAUGAUAUUGGACCAGGCGUCAGGGGACGGUGGAGAAGGAACCAUGAUGGAAAUGGGAGCAGCCCUCUGUGCUUCCAACUAUCCUCCAGAGUACGCAGUGCUUCCAAGCAACCUGAGUGAAAUAAGGCCCACUGACAGUGCAGAUGGUGCUUGCGCGAUGCCACUUGCAGACGAAGGAUCCAAUUACACCCUCCCAAAUGUUGGCGAGUUCCAAACACAGAUGACAGGGUAUUUCCACAAUGGACAGCUUGCAACCCAGUUUGAGGUAACAAUCUAUUAUCGUGGCAGGAGGGUGAAGGAGCAGACUGUGAAGAACCCUGAUGGAUUCCGACUGUGUUACACAUCAGAAUCUAAAUUCCCGUACCUGGACGACCUCCGGUUCCCAGAAGCAGCCUCCUGUUUGAGUGACCAGCAACAAAUCAUGUACACAAACAGGCUGUUGGAGGGGAUGGGCCAAGGGCUGAUUGUGGAAGUGAACAAUAAUCAGAUCUGUGCGCAGAGACUCGGCAGCUGUAGGACCUUCUGGUCAAUGAUGGAGAACCCGAGAAGUAAUGAACCUCGACAGAUCUCCAGCAAGGAGCUCACCGUCCUGUACGACCUAUCUCAGUUUCAUCAAGAAAUGUGUGCCUUUCUGAACUCGGAGGGUGGAUCUCCACAGUAUUCCAUUUGGCUGUGUUUCGGGGAGCUGUGGCCAGACCCUGGCGAUAGAACCUGGAAUAAGAAGAUGAUCAUGGUGCAGGUGACACCCAUAACCUUCAAACUGUUGCACGAACUGGCACAUGGAGUAGGAGCCUCCUCGCUGCAUGGUGAUUCUAUCAACCUCCAGCUCUCCGAUCCCCUCUCCUCCUCCAGCUUCCUGUUCAUACUGGAGCAGCACAUGGAUAUCGAGUAGGCAGAUUGUCUCCCCCUUGGGCAGCCUGCCUCCAACUACCAUUGCCAAGUCAGCGGUGACAAGAGGGAGGGACCAUCUCUAAAUGAAGCAUUAAUCCAGUGGAUGAGGGUUCGAACCUCAUGGUGGUGGGAGUUGGGGGAAUGUGUGAAUGGCCAGAAUGAUAAAAAUUUGGAAAGAAAAAUAGUCUGCCCAUGGUUUAAAAAAAGUGAUUGUGAGAUUGUUGGAUUGUUGCAAAAGCCCUGCUGAUCCAUGUGUGGCGAUAGGACGGGAAGUGAGAAAGCCUGGACCUAAACCUGACUCCAGUACUUGACUCACAACAGGCCCUCUGAAAUAAGCCCCUUGGGUCAUACCAUGCUACCAACAACGGGUCAGGAAAGCCCAUGGGAGGGGCAAUAAAUGACAAAGAAAGGUCAAAAGCCCAAGAACAGGCAAAGCGUUCCAGAACAAAUCAAAAAAGAAAUGAAGGAAAUAGAGGGGGCUAGGUACCAGUAAUUGAAAACCAAAGCAAGUCAGUGACUGUGGACAGGGCAAACUCCAUUCUGAAGAGGCUGCUGUUGUGGAAAUGUUGACGUAUUUGUGUAAAUGACGUGCCUACCUUCCCAUGGGAAACCCUUUUCUGAAUUGGGUUUGGCUGAAUCCCUGGCACCAUGUCAAGAGGUGAAAACUGCCAAAGCAGCUAGUUUUUAAUUUCUGACUGUAGAUUUUGAUGGUGUAUUUACUUUAAUCUGUGAUUUCCCUGUGAACACGGUGAAGUUUCAAACGCACAAAGCAGUGUGCUUCUAGGGACAGAUCUGCUAACAGCACGCAUCUGAAGCAAAGGUAGACAUGCAUCAUCCCUACACCAGUCAAGCAGAGCCUGCUGCUGUAGUUAAGUUUCCUCCAGGCAUUUAAAGCAAUCUCAGACUCGUUCUUCACAAUUUGCCACAACACUAGAGCGCAGUGGUCCCAGCAGUGAAGUAAACGUCUACCUAUGCGGACCUGCUCCGCUCACCCCUCUCACUAGCUCAGCAUUGGUGAAGCCAACACUGCUGCCCUAGUUGCUAGCCCAAAAUGAACAACCAUAAGCGCGGGCUAGGCAGAGGGAGGAGAACUAAAUGAAAUAAGAUGCUGUCUCAUGCCUCCUACUGUUUUUCAAAGAGACAAGCACUCCUGUUCUGUAACAAUCUGACUUUUAUUUUUACAAUAUUCUCAAUAACAGGCAGAUACAUACAAUAUUAGCACAGCUGAUGGAGCACAGGAGCUGUCUACACAAACUGACCACCUCCCCACCAAUCCAACAAUAACAGGCGCAUUAUCACUUCUGGGAGGGGAUGACUGUUCAAUUGGAAUUUACUUCUCUUUGGACAGAGAUUCAGACUUUUACAAUAAUUUCAUUUUGCCUGAUUUUAGCAAGAGCCAUGCUAGGUUGAGGGAAUUGGUGUUUUUUAAAAUAAUUGUCCAUUCCUUUUCUCUUUGGCAACUGACCUAUGCUUUGGUGCCCAGUUCAUCCAAAGCAGCAUCAUCGCUGAUUCCCCAGUGAUUUAUUUAGUCAUUGGUGCUGUGACAUCAGAUACUGCCAGUCACAUCGGUGAAAGGAUGUGGGAUGUGUAGCAAGGAUAACAGUUAAAACUCUGAAGACAUUUCACCUCCUUCAGCUCAGCAAAUCCUAACAUCAAUGUGUUCCUCAUUUCAGCGGUGCUAAUACUGUUUAAUAGUUUUCUUUUUAUUCAGGGUGGGAGGUGUGGAAACAUUAGGGCAGGCUCCCUCAACUGCGAAUAUAAACAGCCCAAAUAAAUUAGAUGUUUUACAAAA